UUUUAUACAAUCUAUAUGAUGUUAGAUUCAAAAGAUAAAAAUGUUAAAACAUAAUUAUAAGCCAGCAGUCGGACAACCUUGUUGGGUGGGUUAGCAGGGGAGCUAACAGAGGCUGCUGCGCAGAUCUGGGAGGGGGAGGCGAGUCUGGCGUUAAGACGAUAUUACCAACAAACCUGCUCUUCAGUCGAUGAUCACUGCCAUCAGGCAACAUCAUGAGUCAGGGGAAGGACAAUGCACGUCUCAAAAGCUAUAAAAACAAAUCGCUCAACACAGAUGAGAUGAGGAGGAGGAGGGAGGAAGAAGGCCUGCAACUUCGCAAACAAAAGAAAGAUGAACAACUGUUCAAGCGCAGAAAUGUGGCCACAGCGGAGGAGGAUGGAACAGUGGAGGAUGAUGGGAUGUUGGACGGUGGAAACCUGGAAUCACUGGCCAACAAUAUGGACCAAAUCACGGGAAGUGUUAUUUCUGAGGACAUGAUACAGAUGAUCUUCUCCAGCUCCCCAGAACAACAGCUCAUCGGAACACAGCGCUUCAGAAAGCUCUUAUCUAAAGAGCCUAAUCCCCCUAUUGAUGAGGUCAUUGCCACCCCUGGUGUCGUGGAGCGAUUUGUUGAGUUCCUGAAAAGAAGAGAGAACUGUACGCUACAGUUUGAAGCAGCGUGGGUUUUGACUAACAUCGCCUCAGGAACAUCCCACCAGACACGGGUGGUCAUCCAGGCUGGGGCGGUACCCAUUUUCAUUGAGAUGCUCAGCUCGGAUUUCGAGGAUGUACAGGAACAGGCAGUGUGGGCUUUAGGCAAUAUUGCAGGUGACAGCACCGAGUGCAGGGACUAUGUUCUGGACUGCAAUAUUCUACCCUCUCUAGUACAGUUAUUGGCUAAACAAAAUCGUCUGACUAUGAUGAGGAACGCAGUUUGGGCUCUGUCUAACCUGUGCAGAGGGAAAAACCCACCCCCAGAUUUUGCCAAGGUGUCGCCAUGUCUCAGCGUUCUGUCCUGGCUGCUCUUUGUGAAUGAUACCGACAUUUUGGCUGAUGCAUGCUGGGCUCUUUCUUAUCUGUCUGAUGGUCCCAAUGAGAAGAUCCAGGCUGUUAUUGACUCAGGAGUCUGCCGCAGACUAGUGGAGCUGCUGCUACAUGCAGAAUAUAAGGUGGUGUCUCCUGCUCUAAGAGCCGUGGGGAACAUAGUCACAGGAGAUGACCUACAGACUCAGGUGAUUCUUAACUGCUCUGCCCUGCAAAGUCUUCUUCACCUGCUGAGUAGCCCGAAAGAGUCCAUUAAAAAAGAGGCAUGUUGGGCCAUCUCUAAUAUCACAGCCGGGAACCGUGCACAAAUACAGAUGGUGAUGGAUGCAGACUUGCUGCCCCCGUUGAUAAAUAUUCUGCAAGUAGCCGAAUUCCGUACAAGAAAGGAGGCGGCGUGGGCCAUCACAAACGCCACAUCUGGCGGUUCUUCUGAGCAGAUCAGGCAUCUUGUUGAGCUUGGUUGCAUCAAGCCCUUAUGCGACCUCCUGACGCUGAUGGAUUCAAAGAUCGUACAGGUGGCACUGAAUGGCUUGGAGAACAUCCUAAGACUGGGUGAGCUGGAAGCUAAACGAGGAGGAGGAAUCAACCCCUACUGCGCCCUCAUUGAGGAGGCAUAUGGAUUGGACAAACUGGAGUUUCUACAGGGCCAUGAGAACCAGGAGAUCUACCAGAAGGCUUUUGACCUGAUCGAGCGCUACUUCAGCACAGAGGAUGAAGAUCCGGCCCUGGCACCUGCCGUUGACCUCCAGCAGCAGCAGUUCCUUUUCCAGCAGUGUGAGGCUCCCAUGGAGGGUUUCCAACUUUAACCCUUCCCUUCACCCCCAUCUUCUCCAAGCAAUCCACCCUGGAGGGUGAGCGACACCCCCACUGACCGAACAGAGCGAAGGAUUUAACAAAUGAACAUUUCAAUUAAGGUGUGAUAUACAAGAGCGUGUGUUGCCGGUCAACCCAUUUCCCCCCUCUUGUCCUACUUCCCUGGCCCGGUCCAGAACGAUGGAUCCAGAACGAUAGCGACUUCCUCUCCUGAUGCAGAAAACGUGACCAGUAGAUCUUUUGACAUGACAUAAAUAUCCCACUUCCUUCAUUAAACUCAUUCAGCCCUUCAAAGCACACAUAUCCCAUCAGUCCCUCAGCCCGAUUCAGGAAAACUGCAUCCAGCGAUGACUUAAUAGAGGCUGGAAAAGCACAGCUCGUGUGACGUGACUGCAAUAUUGACUCUGACAAGGGAUCUGCUCUCCAUCUGUUGUAAAACACUGGACUGACCGUGUAACUGUGUUUGCAUGUCUCUAAAAUCCCCCCACCCAAAAAAAGUCGCAGCCAAUGUGCGCCGAAAACCUCAAAACGGAUGUCUGCUAAAUGCAAGGCACUUUUACCUUCUCAUUUGACCCAGACAACUCAGAGACGUACUGAGGGGUCCGAGUUUUCCGACUGAUAAUGCCAGUCAGAUGGUCCCUUACUUUGACUUGCGUUAAACAUGCAUUCCGACAGUGACUGAACUGUAUAGGCUCCGCCUCUCCUUUUAGGUUACACAUUUGCACCUUUGGAAUUCUGGGAGUUGGAGUCUUCCCGCUCACUGAGACUGCUGGACAGACAAAAAGACAGGUCCUGUAUCCUGUGCAUUAGACCAUUUGAUACUUCAAGAAGACAAUUUCACAUGAGCAUCAUCUUCAUUGGCACUUUACGUUCAGAACAGACACCCUUUGUUUAGAUUCGAACCUCUGUAGUCUGUUUUAGGCCCCCGAAAAGCUUCUCAGGAUAUUGAGGUGAAGAGGAAUGGCGUGUACCUGCAUUACGGGAUGUACUUAAAGAAAACACUAAGUAUUUAAGAGAGCUGCCUCAUCCUGGCUGAAAAAAACUCCAACCCUUUCAAAGCUUCCAACAUAUUUUAACAAGCUGUUGAAAAUUGAGCUGAAAAGGCUUUAGCUUCCUGACGUGUGUGUGUGAGACAAACUUAAAUAUUAAUGUCUAAUCAUGCUGAAUGCGCGCACACAUUCAGACACACCAUAUUUUCCAAGUGACUAGAUCUGAAUAUGGAAAAAUACAGAGCAGAAAGUCGUUCAGUUCUGUUUUGUUGUUCGGUUUUAUUUUAUUGUAUUUUUGCGAGGGUUAGAAUCUCUUAAUACCGAAGGUGCCAUAAUCCUCAUUUUAAAAAAAGGAGGUGGAAAAUGACAAACAAAUGGAAUUUAUCAACAAAUUUAAACUUACGAUUUACUGGGUAUUAGCUCAAGAUAUGAUUGUUUACUUAGGUUUUCUUAUUUCAAUGUCAGAUUCUUCCCAAGAUAUGACCAGCUCGUUGUGUUCAAUACUGCUGUCGUAUUGAGAUUGUGUAACUGUUCUCUGUUACGCCAUUUGCAUAAAUGCUGUUUCAUGAA